AUGCGCGCAUUUUUUACAUCAGAUCCAAAAACUCCGAUAAAUCGAUCGCCGAUUCUGCAGUUAACCCGACUGAAUCGUCUUCGUCGACACGACCGUGCAAGUUGCAAUUUUCAGAUCUACCUGAAUCAACCGCUGCAUGCGAUCAUGGAUCGGGUUUGUGUCAUUUGUCAUGAGAUGUUCUCGCACGAACGACCCAAUAUGCGAGUUGAAUGUCGCUCGAACUGCUUCAGAUCGGAGCAUUUCCGUAAAUGUCUGGAUAUGUUCCGACCUAAUCAAGAAGCUCAGGUUUUGCUUAAGGGUAGCAGUAGUUAG